AGUAAAUAUGGUCGUAAGACCAAUAGACAUGUUUGGCAAGAGUGUAUCCAAGGCAUCUUUAUGUCACCGGAUCAAGCUUCUGCAAACGAAAAAAAUUUGCGUCUACAACUCUAUCGAACACCGAAAAUAAGUGUUUUUUUUUUGUUUUUUUUACUGUUUAAUGAGGAUUUACUGGAAGAGGGAGUUAAUUCAAUUGCAUCGGAUAGACAUUCGGGAAAGCUAACUACCCUGACGCAGUGCAUUUCGGUUGUCAUCCAGACUGGGCGGUGAAGACGCCCUCACCCAUGCCUCGCCCCUCACUCUGAUGGUCAGGAGUUUGGUCCUCCAAGGGGGAAUGCCCGUAUCCCAUAAUGACGCUGCCAGGCAACUGGCUCCUGCGCCACUCAGCGUCCGCGCGCUUGCUGUUGCACAGCCUCGUGGUCCUGAUGUCCUUCUGCGUCCAUCGCAUAACCGCCAACUGCUCCAGGAGCUGCUACUGCUCGGAGAGUCCCGACGGAGGUCAGGAAGUACGUUGCAGCAGCAUGCACCUGGCCCACGUGCCCCGGGACCUCCCGAACGACACCCGUCACCUCUACCUGGACUACAACCGCCUCACCACCAUCCCUACUGACGCCUUCCUCGGGCUGACCCUGCUGAGCGAGCUGGACCUGUCCCACAACGAGCUGGCCCAGCUGGAGCCGGGGGCCUUCCGAGGCCUGGCGGGCUCCCUGGAGUUCCUCGACCUCUCCUCCAACAGGCUGAUAGCCCUCAACCCGCUGGCCUUUGAGGGGAUACGCUCACAGGCCAACCUCACGCACAACCCCUGGCACUGCGACUGCAGCCUGCAGAGCGCCAUGCCCCUGCUGGACCUGGAGCCCACCUCGCUGGCCGGUGUGGUCUGCCAGACCUCUGAGCCCGCCGAGGCGGCCGUCCAGGGCCUGCCCUUCCUCCUGGCGGCCGGUGCGGACCUCUGUGUGUCCGUGAAGAAGACCACCGACGUGGCCAUGCUGGUCACCAUGUUCGGCUGGUUCGCCAUGGUCAUCUCCUACCUGAUAUACUACGUCCGGCACAACCAGGAGGAUGCUCGGCGACAUAUGGAGUACCUCAAGUCCCUACCCGGCAGACAGGGGAGGUCAGAACAGUCAUCCACUCUCAGCACUGUGGUGUAAGGACAAAUCGGAGGGGGAGGGUCCAGGGUUUGGGGCUACCUACAUGGGGCCCUGAGCCACAUCCAGGGAGGGUCCCGGGUUUGGGGCUAUCUACAUGGGGCCCUGAACCACAUCCAGGGAGGGUCCCGGGUUU